UAAAUGAAAGUUUGAAAAUUCUCGUCAGCGACCAUUCUCGCCAACGUCCUACCCAGUUUAUGACUUGUCAAAACCAUUGAGGUUAUGUCAUAGAGGUUAUGUGUUCAAAAUGACGAAUUUGGGGCACUUUAUCACACUAUGCGCCACAAUUCUCUCAGCCCACGCGAUCUACGAAGACCAGGUGGGCAAAUUCGACUGGAAACGCUCAUUUAUCGGCAAAGUAAAGCACGCUCAAUUCGACACCAAACGCCUGAUUGUGACCACACAUGAGAAUAUCAUUGCUAGUCUGAGCCCCAAAACUGGCGAAAUACAAUGGCGCCAAUUGAUGGAGGACCCCCAGGAGCACCAGCCCCAGCUCCUGCACCUGGACAAGGACGCGGUCACAGUUUCUGGGGGCAAGUCCCGGUUUUACGUGCGCGGGUGGGACGCCCCCACUGGAAGCCUCCUGUGGGAGUGGCCCCUGGUGCUGGACCGCCCCGGCGACUCGUUCUGGCUGCUCCAAGGCGACUUGUUAGUGCAUGUUUUGGCAAUUAAGGGCUCCCACAUGGAAGUGACUCAGUUUAGUGUCAAAACGGGGGAAGUCCGGGCCAAGACGCGCAAAAUCCCCGAAACGUGGGUUUCCGGUGACAAGUGCGUAACAGCCAACCCCUACUUCGUGUGUGUUUUUAACGGACAGUUGUUUUGGCUGGAUGUGGUUAAUGAGGGGGGCAGAGCCUCGUCCCAGCCGAUUCAAGGGGGCCCUGACUGUAAUCUCCUCGAGUUUGAUGGCCCAAAACCCGCCGUAUUACUCGUGAGACAAAAUAGCGCUAAAAUCGUGGAACUUGGGGGCGCAGUUUUGCCGCACGAAGUGGCCCCAAACGCUGUCUCGAUCGGUAGUUCUGUUUUUCAACUUGAGGCAAAUUUGGACAAUUUGGAUAAAUUGGUUCGGGUGAAAUCGUUUGAUCUAGUGAGCGGGCGUGAAAGUUCGGUCGAGAUCGAUUAUCCGUUAGGUCUCGGAGGACCAUAUAUUGUGUCGGGGCAGUGCCGUGGCCCCGCCUGCGAGCUCCUCCUCUCCAGCACUGACCACGCCCUCACGCUAGUCCGCCUGCCCGAAGGGCGCGUCUCCUGGACGCGUGAAGAAGCCUUAAGUAACAUAAUCUCAGUCGAAUUUUUCGAGUUACCAGUGUCCGACCUUGAGGCCAGUAUCGAGACCGAAUUUACCGACAACGACGUCAUCACCAUGUUCACGCGCCGCAUUUCCACCCAAACCAAACAGCUCGUUAAUCUAGUGAGCGGGCAGUUCGGCUCAACUCGGGACGACUUCGGCCUACACCGUAUCAUUGUCGUGGCAACGGCCGUCGGUAAACUCUUCGGGAUUGACACGCUUCGCAACGGAUCAAUCGUGUGGACGUACCGCCUACCGAACGUCAAGCCUGUGAUGCUAUUGGUGCAGCGCACGGCGCGACACGCCCCCUUGCCCGCCCAGUGCGUGCUAUUGGCCCAGGACGUGACGACGGGAGGCGGGGUUUUGUUCGCCUUUGAUCCGAUUAGCGGGGAGUCACGCGGGCUGGACCGGUUGUCCUAUCGGAUCAAGCAGGCGUUUGUGGCGCCCAAUGAGGACGAGGAGCAUCUCAAACCGGUGAUUGUGAUUGGUGCGGACGAUUCAGUGCGGGUGUUCCCCGAAAGGGGUCCCAAAACAGUCGCUUAUGUUUAUACAAUCGAUCAAAGUCUGGUUCAAGGUUAUAGACUUGAACCGGACGGGUUAAAACCGGUAUGGAACCUAAACUUGGGUGUGUGUGACCUUGUGGGGGUUAGCACACGUCCGGUGACCGAGCGGGUGCAUUCCCAAGGUCGGGUCUUGCACGACCGGUCGGUUCACUACAAGUAUGUUAACCCCAAUUUAAUUGCGUUGGCAACACUGAGUGAAGACCCGGUACAUAAGAGCGUUCUUAACGUGUUCCUGGUUGAUGGUGUGACCGGUUUUGUUGUCUACUCGACCUCGCAUAAAAAAGCCAAAGGGCCGGUACAUUUAGUACAUUCGGAAAACUGGCUCGUUUAUACGUUUUUCAACGAACGGUUCCGAAGAACCGAAAUCGUGGCAACGGAACUGUACGAAGGCUCAAUCCAGAGUAACAGUACCGUAUUCAGUUCCUUUGCCAUAAGUCAGUUACCAGAGGUCAAAACCGAGUCAUACAUCCUACCAGCUAACCCCGUCUCCAUGUCAGUAACUCUGACCGAACGUGGGAUAACCAACAAGUUUUUGUUGGUCGGGACCAGUUCUGGCAGCGUUGUGGAAAUCCCCUGGAUGUUGCUCCAGCCGCGGUUUGCCGACAUGCCCUGCGGUCCAGAAGAGAGCUGUUUCCCCUACAUGCCAGAAAUCGCCAUACCGCCCGAAGCCACUAUUAACUACAACCAAACUCUGGCAAGGAUUCGCAAAAUCGCAGUGGCCCCUGCCAAGCUGGAGAGUACAAGUCAUGUGUUGGUCCACGGGUUGGACUUGUUUUAUACGCGAGUGGCGCCCUCUAAGACUUUUGAUUUGUUGAAGGAGGAUUUUGAUCAUCGGUUGAUUGUUUUGGUUUUGGUGGGACUGGUGGUGGCAUCGUAUGUUACCAAGUAUCUGGCGGCCAAGAAGGCGCUAAGACAGGCUUGGAAGUAAUUAGGCAAUAAAUUAAGGGUGGGUGUCCAUGGACGGGCUUUGGAUAUUUUUUUAUUUUUUGGGAGGAUGGUUUUAUACCCUAUCUGGUCGUGAUGGUAGUCUUGAAAGUAUGGUGUUUUUGUGCUCCAGUUUAAAAGUUUGAAUAAGAUUUCCGAAGUAUUUGAAUGACCUUGAGACUUAAAUAGUAUAUAGAUCCUACACGAGAAUAACAAAAAUAUUUUAAAAUUGCAGUUGAAGGAAAUGUAUGAUGUGCAAAAGAAUGAUUAUUUCAUACAUGUUUAGUAAAACUGCUGUUUUUUUAACUUAAAGUCAUUUAAUUAACCAAGGAGCAAUCAUAACUAAUGCCAUUAUUUUUUAUGGUUUUACAGUGCCAUUAAUUUUGAUAUUUAUUAUGUCUCAUGGUUAAUUUUUAUAUGCAUGGUCAUUGAAAACACAUUCAAAAUUUCGAUUUUCUCUACACAAAUUGUAGUUUAUUUAUUAUAUUAAGUAAAGAAAAGUUGUUCAUUAUCUGCCUACUUUUCUUUACGUCUAUGCCACUUGUUUUUCUUAUAGAAAAAAACAUAAAGAUUUGGUAAUAAUUUUUUACCAGUAGAAUAAAAAAUAACUAAAUUAAAUAAUCUACCAUAGGUAUCUGUAAAAGCAAACAAUGGUUUUAGGAGGAAAAGUGCAUAAGUGCAGGCUUUCACGAUUACUGUCGACAUUCGAGGUUUUAAAACAGAUUAUAUGAUGAAAAAAUGUUAAAAAUCCAAAAUGCCGUUUUAUGGAUAUUACCAAUUUAAGUUUUAGUCAAUGUGCACCUUUGUUGUUCUGUUUGUUGUACAAUCAAGUCAGUUGUUUUGUUGUUUGAUACUGUGUCUUUAUACAGCAUUUUGUAAGAUAAUUACGUUCGGUACGGACGUGGCGUAAUUUGUAAUUAGAGUUGUUGGGUCGUGUAUAAAGUGUAAACAAAGACCAAAUAAAAAGUUUAAAAUGCAAA